GCUGAAUUUUUAUAGCUCAUAGGAUCUUGGACGAACGUAGCGAAAGUCAAAACGGCUCCGUUCACAAAACAAGGCUUCUGCUUGGGCUGAAUUAUGUUUAAUGGGCCAAUGUCAUCAGGCCCCACAUUUUCCCUCCUGAUGAUCUACCCGUUGGCCCUAACCCCUUUUCUUUCCCGCCAUCCUCGUCUCUUUCCAUCCCCUCUCUCCGAUCUUAAGCUAUUAAAUGGAAAUAAGGGUUUCCAUUGAUAGAGAGAAAGAUUUUGAAGCAGAGAUGACGAAAGAGGAAGCUGAGAACGGAAGAGAUGAAAUGUUGAUUGAUGGACCUGAGCAAGCAAACACCGUUCCCGAUGGAUUCAACGCUACCUAUCUCAGAAUCUACUAUGGAAAGUUAUUUCCUCAUGCCGAUAUCUUUAAGUGGAUGUCUUACGGAAAUGAUGGCAAGCAUCCUGCUUGUGACAAGUCCUACUUCGGAAGAAGGGAAUUUUCUUUCACGCUAGAAAAUGACAUUUAUAUUCGAUUCCAGUCUUUCAACAGUGUUUCUGAACUUGAAAAUUCCAUCAAAGAAAAGUGUCCAUUCAAGAUAGAUAUUGGGCCUGUCUACAGUGUUGAUCCUGCUAAGAGGCAUGCCUAUGCACAAAGUGGCCACAAUGUUUUCACUCCAGUUGAAAGGGAACUGGUUUUUGAUAUUUUGCGCUUUUUCUCGCACCAGGAUAUAACAGAUUAUGACGAUGUUAGAUAUUGCUGCACAGGAGCUGAUGUUUGCUUGGAAUGCUGGCCUCUAAUGACAGUUGCAAUUAAAGUGAUUGAUACAGCUCUCAGAGAUGACUUUGGCUUUAAUCACAUUCUCUGGGUAUAUAGUGGUCGACGUGGUGUGCACUGCUGGGUUUGUGAUGGAAAAGCUAGAAGGUUGACUAAUGAACAGAGGGCAUCUAUUGCUGAUUAUUUCCGUGUAUACAAGGGCAAUGAAAAUAGUAACAAAAAGAUAUCUUUACCAGGUCCUGUUCUACACCCUUUCCUGGCGAGAUCCUAUACUGAAGUUCUGAAGGGCUUUUUUGAGGCAAAACUGCUUUCAAAGCAAAAUUUACUCGCAUCUGAGGAGAGAUAUGAGAAGAUCCUAGAAAUGAUUGCUGAUGCAUCUGUUGCUUCUGAGCUUCGGGGGAGGUGGCAGGAGAAUAAGCGACUUUCCAUGUCAAAAGAAGACAUUAAUAUUGCUAGAUGGGAGCAACUCAAACAUAUCCUACAAUCAGGAAAACAAAAGUCACAAGGACUACGCAGAUGUGUUGAAGAGAUCGUCUUUUCCUUCACGUAUCCUAGGCUUGAUAUGGAGGUUUCGAAGCACAUGAACCAUUUAUUGAAGGCACCAUUCUGUGUACAUCCAAAAACAGGUCGUGUUUGUGUUCCGAUUGACCCAAAUAAUUGUGAUGAAUUUGAUCCAACUACAGUUCCCACCCUAUCUCAGCUUUUGGAAGAACUAAACAAGGGAGGACUAAGACAAGAUGCUGAGAGUGAAUGGGAUAGAACCUCACUUGGAGAGUCCGUCACAUUUUUCAGAUCAUCGUUUUUACUGCCUCUGCUAAAAUCUUGCAAGGAGGAGAUAGAAAGUUCUCACAAUGCAAAGCUGCAGCAGUCCAAGAAUGCUCUCAGCUGGUAGUGUUUUCUAAACGAUAUCAUGGAAAGAUCUGGUCUAUCUUUUGAUUGCGAUGUACAAUAUACAUUGUUGAUGACUAAUAUUUUCUGAUGGCCUUGUCCUUGAUAUGAAGUUAUAUUCUUGGGAACUAUCCCCGGCUAGGACUGCAACUUAACUACGAUCGUAAAUAUAAAUUAUUCCAAUUAUUUUAUCUUGUCCGGAGAGUAUAUGAAUUUAUAUUUGGUUGUUUGUAUGCUUUAGUGUUGGCUUCUGAUUUCUCUGAUAUUCUAAAACAUGAUCCAUUAAAAUAUUUAAUCAUUGUCAGAAGUCAUAUUUGAUUGAAAGUGCUUCUAAACUGACCAGAAUUUAUUCA